AUGGCGCGCCCACCGUCACCGAGCUUGUCGGGGUCCGUCGCGACGUGGCUUCUCGGCCACCUUGGCGACCAACGCGACGCUCUUCAGACACAGUCCAGUACGUUCCUCCUCGUCCUCGGCAACCAAAACAUGAUUGUGACCAAGGACCCGGCCGUCUACAGGGCGGCACUCGGGCUCAGCCAUCAAAAGUACUUUGACAGGUCGCCGUCCAUCACCGCUGUCAUAACGUACUUUCUGCCUCGGUCCUUGGGUGCCGUCACGUCGCACGACUGGUCGCGCAUCCGCCGGACGCUACAGCGCGGCAUGGCGAUGCAGAGCUUCGGCAGCCUCCCGGCGCUCGUCGCAUCGUCCAUCCAAAAGCUUGAGCAAAGUAUCCGUCGAACGACAAGGAUGUGCUCACCGUCGUGCCCGAAGAUUUAUUUCCUCGCCUCACGUUCAAGCUCUUCCACCGCCCUCUUCCACCGCAUCAUGUACCAUUGGGAUCUCAACACGGUGGCCGGCGACUCGAUCAACUUGCUUCAAGCCGCGCUCCACCUGAGUGAGAUGUUUGCCAAGCGGGUGAUGCUGCCGUUCCCGCUCUUGUGGAAGCUACCAUUGCCGCACAACUACGAAGCUGACGCGGCACUCAACGACUUGCACACCAAGGUCGUCGAGCUCGUCAACGCGCGGCGUCAGUACCUCGCGUCCCUCAACGAGCUACCGCAGCCCACGUUGCUCGCCUACGUUCUUGGUGCGCUCGAGGACGAGACUCUUUCGACGGGCCAAGUCUACGACAACGUCAUGGCUUCUUCAUUGCGGCGUUCGACACGACGUCCAAUGCGCUCGCCCUUCUCUUCAACAACCUCGCACUGUAUCGCACCGUCGCUGGCUCCCUAG